AGGUGCCGUGUACCUCCAGUUAGCGAACGACAGCAGCAGCGCAAGGUUGCUGCCUCGUUCAGUGUCUAUCUCAAUCACUGGUCUCCCUCGUCCACUCAAUCCUCCUCUUCCAGUCUUUACCCCAACCAUCCUUCCCAGUACACCAGAAGGAGGGGACCAUCCUCUGUCUAUCCCUCUCUAUCUCUCUGUCCCCUCAAUUCAGUGACCUGAAAAGAGAAAUUGAAAUAGAGUGUUGUUUAACAGUGAUUUUGAGUUGAUAGUUGGGCAAGAUGCCAGAGAGGGUCAAUCCUAACAAGGCCGAGAGUCAGAUGACCCUCGCUAGUGCCAGGAGUAUGACAGACGAAAAGCAACCUGGGUGGUUCGGUCGACGGACGAGGAUGGAAAGAUACUUGAUGUUGGCUGCGACAACGGUAGUGUUUGCUGUGGUGGCUCUCUCCAUCUCCCUGGCUGCUGUGGUCUAUGGUUACCGUAGCGGCCUGCUGAAGACUGAUGACGCCUCAUUGCUGCCCGUUAUCUCAGCAGCGCCGCUAAUUGGUUGUCCGACGCCAACUACCUUCUCCGAGCACCCCAACGACGUCUGUCUCACCCAGGGAUGUGUCAAGGCUGCCGCCAAUCUGGUGAAGUCCAUGGAUGAAAGUGUGAAUCCUUGCGACGACUUCUUCAAGUUUUCGUGUGGUGGUUUCUUGAAGUCUACGAUCAUCCCUGAUGAGAAGACAGCUCUGUCCCGCUUCAACGAGAUCUCUGACGAGCUGCAAGAGAAACUCAGGGGUCUAGUGGAAGCUGAAGAGUCCCAGGAUGACUCCCCUUCCACUAAGAUGGUCAAGGCUCUCUACAAGUCCUGCAUGGAUACAGCUCGCAUCAAGGAGCGAGGACUGGAGCCUCUGAAGGAGAUACUGAAGGAGAUGGGAGGAUGGCCAGUGCUGGAGGGUGAUGCAUGGGAUCCUUCCGGCUUCCAGUGGAACACUAACAUCUACAUCAACCGCAAGUUGGGCUACUCUCUGGACUACAUCUUCGACUUCUCAGUCACCACCGACAUCAAGAACUCUUCCUGGAGGAUCAUUGACAUUGACCAGCCUCCCCUGGGGAUGCCCUCACGGAAGUACCUACUGAAGGGCUUUAAUGACAGUGACGUGCAGGCCUACUACAAUUACCAGGUCAACAUGGCUGUACUCCUGGGAGCUGACAGAAUCAGGGCUGAAGAUGAAAUUAAAGAAUCUCUGGAGUUUGAAAUUCAGAUUGCUAAUUACUCGCUGCCCAAGGAAGAGAGAAGGAACGCCACCAAACUCUACAACAAGAUGACCAUUGGACAGCUGCAGGAGAUGGUUCCUGAGAUCCCCUGGCUGGAGUACAUCAAUACAGUACUCCAACCUUUCUUCACUGUGACCAUUGAUGAGCCUGUCGUGGUGAAUGUGCCCAACUUUGUGAAGAACCUUGGUAAACUCCUCACUAGAACCCCCAAGAGAGUAAUAUCCAACUACUUGCUGUGGCGAGUGACUGCAGCUUCUGUGGGAUACCUCUCUGAAGAUGCCCGGGACAUACAGCUGGAGUACUCCAAGAAACUAGUGGGCAAAGGCACCAGGGAGCCUCGCUGGAAGGAAUGCAUGGGCUCAGUGUCUGGAAGCUUGGCACAUGCAGUGGGAUCCAUGUAUGCUCGUGCCUUCUUCAAGGAGGAUGCUAAGGCUGCUGCUGACGAGAUGGUCAGGUACAUUCGAGCAGAGUUUGAUAACAUUAUCAUGAGCCUUGACUGGAUGGACGAAGCUACACGAGUGAGAGCUAUGGAGAAAGCCAGGGCUAUCACCCCACACAUUGCCUAUCCUCCCGAGCUGCUCAUGGAUGACAAGCUGACUGGACUUUAUCAGGGUUUGGAAAUCUCCAAUGGUGAUCUUUUGGAAAACAUGCGUAAUAUGACUGUGUUUGGAACUGACUAUUCGUUCAAGAGGUUAAGAGAAGAGGUUGACAAGAAGGACUGGCGAAGCCACGGAGCUGCAGCUGUUGUUAAUGCUUUCUAUAGCCCCUUGGAGAAUUCCAUCCAAUUUCCUGCUGGCAUCCUUCAGGGAACUUUCUUUGAAGCUGACCGACCCAAAUACAUGAACUUCGGUGCGAUUGGCUAUGUCAUUGGUCAUGAGAUCACUCAUGGUUUUGAUGAUACGGGUCGUCAGUUUGAUGCCACUGGGGACCUCAGAGACUGGUGGGACGAGGAGACCAAGAAAAAGUUCCUUGAAAAGGCCAAGUGUAUCAUUUACCAGUAUGGCAACUAUUCUGUUCCUACAGUUAACAUGAAUUUGAAUGGCAUCAACACUCAGGGUGAGAAUAUUGCUGAUAAUGGAGGUAUCAAAGAAGCAUACAUGGCAUACAACCAGUGGGCCAAAGACAAUGGUGAGGAGAAGACCCUACCAUCACUACCUUACAACACUCGCCAGUUGUUCUGGAUCUCAGCAGCCAAUGUUUGGUGUGGGAAGUACCGUCCAGAGACACUGAAGCUUCGCAUCUUGACUGGUGCACACUCUCCUGCACAGUUCAGAGUCAAUGGACCUUUCAGCAACCGGCCAGAGUUUGCUAGGGAUUGGAACUGCCCAAUUGGUUCUACUUUGAACCCCAGUAAGAGGUGUUCUGUCUGGUAACAAUCUGCUCUCUGGUUCUAUUGAAAGUCAUUGAAAGAGUGCUAAAAACAUCUCUGGAGAUCUUUGGUGCUUCAGUGAUGGUUCAGAACCUCACCACAUCACCUCAUUACACACCUUAUACCUCAGUGAUGUACGAAGUGCACCUACCACCACUUUGAGAUCUCCUUUCGCUAUCUCUGUCAUGUUUAUUUUAAUGUACAACAUCCAUAAGGAAGCCAGCUCUGGCAGGAAGUAUACAACACAUUAUGACAGAAAAUCUCAAAUACACUAAACACCUUCAUACUGUGGUGAGGAGCCUGAGCCUCAAAUGUGCGCAAGUUGUGACCCCGGCUGGGCCGUUGGGAGGAAACCCAUUUUCCUACACUUGGUUAAAAAAAAAAAAAAAAAGAUAUAUAUUUUUACAAUAGCUCGCCCAAGAUUUUAUGUCGUGUCUUAAUCUCUUAGGUAAUUUAUAGUACAUGUAAUGUAAAAAUCUUUAGACUUCAGUAAUAUCCUUGAUGAAAUAAGAGAAUGUCGAGCAAGUUUCACAAGACCGAAUACUAAUUAUAAACUACUCGAGAAGUUUGUGAUCUAACCAUGGUGCUCUCACCAUAGUCUCAAGAUUUGACACACCCAUUGCACACACUGUAGUUUGUAUUCCACAAGAAUAUUUUGAGCUAGAAAUUUCAACCUAAACAUUUUCUCCCAUAUAGUUUUGUAUCCAGUUUGUACUGUUAUUGUCCUGAAUACAUAUUUUAAUGUAGUGAACACCUUUACGCAUCCGUGUAAGUAUGCAUGUACUUGUGAGCGCUCGCAUGAAUAUGCGUCCUUUAUUUUUAGUUAACGUAAUAAAACGUUCGAAUACA